AUGGAAGCAGUUCAGAAACUCUCAGAUCUAAUCACUGGCUUUCUUGGCCAUAUUGAUUUCAACAACAAAGCCUUCCAGAAGGCUAUUUUCUUCAUUAUCUUCAACCCAUUGUACUGGAACUUUGGUGCAAGAUUAGAACACAAGACCAAAUUUCUUUCUAAGUUGGCCUUUGGCUCCAAAAAAUCGGCAGUCUACAUCUUUUCUGCCACCGUGUUCUCGCUCGGCAUUAUGAGGGAUAAUAUCUACAGGGACGCAAUCCUUGAACAGGCCACAUCGCCAUUUCUGGACACUCCUUUCUUUAAAGGCUUAGGAAUUGCAUGCUUUGGCUUUGGUUCUGUGUUAGUCGCCAGUUCCAUGUACAAAUUGGGAAUUGUUGGCACCUAUUUGGGAGAUCACUUUGGAUUCUUGAAAAAUGAAAGAAUCACUGAUUUCCCAUUCAAUCUAGUUGAUAAUCCAAUGUACGAUGGCUCGUCCCUUUCGUUCUUGGGGGCUGCUCUCUUUUUUGCCAAGCCAGCUGGUUUAUGGGCAAGUGGAUUGGUUUAUGCCAUGUAUAGAAUUGUUGAAUUGAUUGAGGAACCCUUCACUGCUAAAAUAUAUGCUGAAAGGUCAUCGGAAAAGAAGGCUGCUUGA